AUGAGUUCUUGGUCACCAUGGGCGUGGGAUGGCUCUCAGUCAGUUUACUAUCGAGCUCGUAAAGGGCCACAAAAUAAAUGGCAAUACGAAUUCUCACAACCCAUGAACACUACAACAUUACGAGACAUGGGACCUAAAUAUGCAACUCUUCCGAAAGACAAUGCAGUUCCAAUCAAAGCGCCAAGUUAUCUGUUGCAGCCGAAUACUCCUUCUGGCGGGACUUUGACAGCAUUGUGUGCUGAUAUGUCCGUUUUCGAACCCGAGCCCAGAAAAAUGGUCCAGUUUGCGAGAAGACCAAAUGUGUCUUAUGCACAAACGAAACCUGUUGAGCGUGACAUCAGAAGGACUAGUUUGGUUGAGCAGAAAGGUAGUCCUGCAGCGAGGAAAGAGAGAAGGUCGCAAAGGAGAGAGGGCGUGGUAAGGGUGCAAGACUGGAGGGCACAUUUGAACGAGUGGUAA